UUCACAACAGCGUUGCCCACUUUGUUGCUUUUAGAAGAGCCGUGACAGAAGUCGUAAUUUCGUUACUUUACAGGUGUGAAUUGGUGGAUGAAGACAUGAUGCGGACAACGUUGUGAAAGGGACCAUUUUGUCAAGGCUCAAAAAUGAGGGGCCUUUUUCUCGUGGAGCCUCUCGUGGCCCUGUACGCCUUCUCCAGCUUUCUCAUUUACCCGCUGGUGCAGCAGUUUGUGUACCGGAGGCUCUGGGAAGAGCUGACCAACACCCCCUACCCCAUCUCUCAAAACAACUCCAGGUGUGCGGGAAGCAGCAGCAACAGCAGCGGCAACCACUCAAGCUUUCACGAGGAGGUCCAGCGACAGGCGUCGCUCUUCACCCUCUAUUCAGACCUCUUCUCCCUCAUCCCCUCACUCAUCGUCACUUUUAUGCUCGUUGCCUAUAGCGACCGCGGUGGACGUAAGAUCACCAUCAUCCUGCCACUGUUUGGCACGUUGAUCUACACCUUGUCCUUCCUGGCCGUGUCCUACUUUCAGCUCAACGUUUACUUGCUCAUCGGCUCGUCGCUCCUCAGUUCUCUGUUUGGCGGCCUGGGCACGUUCCUCGGCGGCUGUUUCGCCUACAUCGCGGACUUGUGCGAGGAUGGCCCUCAGAAGACACUGCGCAUGGCAAGGUUGGACAUGAUGAUCGGCCUGUUGACUGGAGUGUCUUUGAUAUCAACUGGCUACUUCCUGAGAGCCGCAGGCUUUAACUGGCCCUUCCUGACCUCGGCUUUAUUUCAGUGUUUGAACCUCCUCUAUGCAAUUUUCAUCCUGGAAGAGACUGUGAAGUCAGUACCAGCUGACGUCCUCACUCUGGGACAGCCUCCUCAGAGUUCUGCCCUGAAGCAGAUGAUCUUUGGAGUCUCGGAGAUGUUUAAACAUGCCAGCAGGAGGUGUAAAACUGUUUUGAUCCUCCUCAUGCUCAUCUUCACCAGCUUCACCUUCGCUUAUGUGGGUGGGAUCUCCCCGAUGACACUAUAUGAGCUCAACGAGCCACUGUGCUGGACUGAGAUCUUGAUUGGGUACGGCUCAGCUCUGUCCACCUCUGUGUUCCUGGUCAGUUUUGUGGGAGUGUUUGUGUUCACGUACUGCGGUGUGCCGCAGCUGCUCAUUGUCCUGAUGGGGAUCCUAUCCGUCGUGGCAGGCAUGACCCUCGUGGCAUUUGCCAGGACCACGUUAAUGAUGUUUAUAGUGAAGGUGCCGAUGCUUCUGUCCAUCAUGCCGUUCCCUGUCCUGCGCUCGAUGAUGUCAAAGAUCAUCCCAAAGUCUGAGCAGGGAGCCCUGUUUGCCUGUCUUUCCUGUCUGGAGACUUUCAUUAACAGUGCAUCAGCUUCAGUCUUCAGCAGCGUCUAUGCUGCGACAGUGGCCUGGUUCCCGGGCUUCUGCUUCCUGUUAUCUGCGGGACUUUGUAUCAUUCCUUUAAUUACCCUCGGGGUGGUGGGAGUGAUAGGAGUGGAUGUUGCCAAAGAGGUCACGAAGCCUGAAAGCGAUCCCGACGACGAGAACGAAAACAGUCCUCUCCUCAGCUGAGCCACAGGAGCAAACCACCACAACCUCCCCGAGCACUUUGUUUAUUUUUUUUUUCCUUCAGUUGUUUAGUCAGAGAGACGUUUUUCCAGAAGUACCUCAGCGGCUGUUGUUUUCAGGUCUUUACUUUAUUGGUGCAGGUCAAGGAUUCAUCUGACAGACGUCGAAGAGUUGUAGCCAAACAUUAAAAGGGAUUUUAUGGGGUGUUCAUCAAACAGGUUCUCUCUGGACCUUCUCGGACA